AUGGCUGCCUCUUCAGCUGGCAACUUCUACCAAGAUUUUGACCUAACAUGGGGUGACCAUCGUGCAAAAAUACUCAGUGGAGGCAGCCUUCUGACGCUUUCACUGGACCAGGCCUCUGGCUCUGGCUUCCAAUCCAAGAGACAAUACCUCUUUGGCAGAAUCGACAUGCAGCUCAAGCUUGUUGCUGGAAACUCUGCAGGAACCGUCACCGCUUACUAUUUGUCUUCAGAAGGGCCAAACCGCGAUGAGAUUGAUUUUGAGUUCUUGGGGAACUUGAGUGGAGACCCUUAUGUUGUGCACACAAAUGUGUACACUCAAGGUAAAGCGGACAGAGAGCAACAAUUCUACCUCUGGUUCGACCCAACAAAAGAUUUUCACACCUACUCUUUUCUUUGGAACCCUCAGCGUAUAAUAUUCUUAGUGGACAAUAUCCCCAUAAGAGUGUUCGACAAUGGAGAAUCGUAUGGGGUUCCAUUUCCCAAGAGACAACCCAUGAAGCUAUACUCAAGCCUGUGGAACGCAGACCAAUGGGCUACAAAAGGUGGCCUAGUGAAAACAGACUGGUCCAAAGCUCCUUUCACAGCCUUCUACAGAAACUUCAAAGCCAAUGCUUGUGUUUGGUCAAAGGGCUCAUCUUCAUGUGCAAAUAAUAAAAAUAAUGCUUGGCAGACUGAAGGGCUAGAUGCAAAUAGUCGUAGAAGACUGAGGUGGGUUCAAAAGUACUUCAUGAUUUACAACUAUUGCUCUGAUCUGAAGCGAUUUCCACAGGGUCGUCCAAGGGAGUGCAGGCGUUCUAGGUUCUAA